CGUGAUCUGAUAUGAGCUAGGUAAGCUAGUAAUAAGGAGGAUAUCAUUGCGAUGGGCAUAACUUGCAAGCAUCAUGAUAUGCUGCUCUAUAAUGUCAAAUUGCAGGGCUUUUGCUGACAAGAUUAAUCUGCACAAGGGUGGCGUACAUUAUGGCAUAUUGCUGGAAGGUACCGAGUACGGAUACCGUAAAUUGACAAAAUCCUCAACAAGUCUUCCAGGUUUUGAGCAUCCUAUCAGCCUCUCCAACGAGCUUUGGAAGUCUAGGGGGAGCACAGGAAAAGAAUCAGUGACGACAGGCGUGGCGGAGUAAAAGGCUGGGUGUUAGAAUUGCUAGGAUCAGCCACACCACUAUACAAUCAUGUACCAGCUAGUGGCAGGGUUUUCUGGACUUUCUAGGCUUUCUCACACACACAGCAACGCCGAGCAUCAUAGGGGUGCCACAGUUGUAUUUUGAGCAUGGUUCAUGGAUCUGAGGUCCAUUUACGAGGUGUUUGAUCGCACCGCCACCUUUUGGUUCACCUGAGGGAAGUUAAGUUGAGCAAGGAUUGGUUCAGCUUCGUUGCCCCCAGUCCCCUGAACCGAUGCUACCUGGGUACCGUGGCUUAGGGAAACAAAACAGAGGUUGAAGACAAGCCUUCAGCUGGGGCGUUUCGAUAGAUUGAGACUGUAGGUUCAUUUGGCGUGUGCUCAAAAAGGUAAGCAAACAACAAGAGUACUACAAACCAAAAGGGUUGGUGAUUGUGAUUUAUUUGCCCUCGUCUCGUUUCUCCGUGCAAUAAUCGAAUGUUAUAAUAAGCCCAGGCAGAGUGGGCGGCAACAAGUCUUCAUCACUGUUCCUAUGUCUCUUAUUCCUUGUUCCUUUUCUCGCCUUCUGGUCAACUCGAUCCGCCUCUCAACCUACGAUAGAGCAGUGACAUGCCGCUUACUACGGUAGCUUGUGGAACCUGUUUGCCUUGUCGAUUUGGAGAACCCGAAGGUAAUCAGUGGGUCGUCUGGAGGCUAGAUAUACCGAUACUCUCGACGCAUGUACCGGCAAGCCCUUUAGUAUGCGAAGUGUCAUAAAGAAGAAGAACGAUGCCAAAAGCAACUGUCGUCAUCUCCCGCUCAGCGUGGAAGAUGGUAUAUAUAUGCGCCUCGGGCGGCCCCGUCAGAGGCUGAGAUCUCGACAUCCAGUUUCGCAAAGCAAGGGCUGUGCUGAGGUGUAGGGUCAAAAGAGGAGAGAAGAGUGUCAAAGAGGCGGUUCGCCAAUAAAACAGUAAAUCACUGUCGAUGAUGACUCCAUUGGGAUCGCGAUUGCAAGAUGUAGGCAAAUCAUCCACUCCAGUUGGACGGUGGUGAAUGUCUUGGCUGGCUGACCAAAUGAUGGAUGUUUCCUCAGCAGGGAAUAGAUAGCGGUACCUAACGUCAAAGUACCUUGAAACGAAAAUCAGUCACUUUCAGUUAGACCUUUCCCCAGCACGUUUCUAGCCCGCCGCUUCAUACCAGAAACGUAUUCGCAUCACCCACUUCUGUCCGCUUUGGCGUUCUUUGGGCUUUCACUUUGGGUUGUGGUCAUCUUCCGCUCCGGGGCGUUCCCCAACCAGGCGCGCGUUUCCCCUUUCCCUAUGUUUCCACUGGUUUUCGCGUCGCUGGCGUGUUUUGUUGGCUUCCCGAGGCGAGACACCAUCACCAAUAUAUCUCGUUAUUUAUCUCUGUGAAUGAUCUUCGCGUGAAAUAAUUGUGUUUCAGGUACCUAAUCAGCCUGUUUUAAUGCAAGCCUUGCGGCUAAUGCUAGGUCGGAGCUGCAUAGUGCUUUCCCAAAGCAAUAAAGAAAACGUUCGUGACGGGACAAGUUAAGGUAAGGAAGGUGACAGGGUACAUUGAUCCUAAGGUACCUACCAGGUUUCUGGCACGAUCCCACCUGAGAGACAGGACAGGCCUUUUUGGAAGGAACCAGCCCGGCAGCUGUCAACAAUCCACUGACAAACGCCCACACACUCUUUCCCUCUUACGUACCCCACUCAUUCAACCCGCCAGGCUAGUUAUCCAAUCAGAGAAGGUUCUUACCCACUUGCCCACUUUCAGAGGCCCUCACUAUCGCUCAUCGCCCGUCUUCGCCUCGCAUCUCUCUCAUCGGCCGCCUUGUUCACUUUCUUUCUCUACGUCUCCUUGCACAACUCUCCUUCAGUGCUACAUCGUCAUUACUGUCAACCAUUCUCACGGAUACAUUGGCUCAUUGUCAUUUCCCCAGAAUACUUGCCUUAAAUCGUCCUUUCUGCACGCUACUGUAUUGCCGGUUCUCGAGCCUCAAUUCUGUUUGUUGCAUUCCUCGCCUAAGCCACCCACUGCCCACAGCGUAAACCCGCCCACCCAGUACUUGCUUCUUCCUUCACUCGCCUCUCUGCCUUGACCCGGGGGGAAAAUAUCAGCUCUCGCCACGUCUCCAGCCACACAUUAAUCCAUCUCGCCCCGAUAUGUGCCUUUGGCCCAAGGCUGUUGCGACAUCGAAACCUCGAAAUUGAUCGCAUGCUGGAUUAGAUUUGCAUUUGAUUAUUCCAAUUCUCUGCUUUCCAUCUGCCUCUAUGGCAUCGGACGCUUCCGCCUUUACCGCGAUCGACCCCCCGCCCGCAACGCGCGCAGAGGCGACCCCUCCUGCUAUCAUCCCUUCAGACGACGCUGCUAUCAGAUUGCUCAAACGGCCUCGUUCACCUUCACCUUCAUCGCCGCGCUCUCUCGUCGCGCAGUCGCAGGGACUCUUGGGUCUUGGAUCCCCGGCCAAGUCUGCCCGUUUGGCACUCGCGUCGAGUAUUUCUCCGACGCCUUUGACCGCGGCAGCUGCCCUCGAGGACGAGCGCCGGCGACGCGAAGUUGACGAUCAAGACGACGGGAUACGGGCCCCAGCACCCACGAGCGACAAUCCUAGCCACCGAGUUCUAACUUCCCUCAUGUCUGGAGCUGUUCAGGCUAUGAGCCGCCCUGCUGACGCGCCUCAGCUAGCACCAACAGCUGCCAUGGACCCAUCUCCAAAGGCCCCAAACCCCGUGUCGCUGGCGCAAACCGCGACAAGUCAGGUCGAAGAGCAUGGCGCACCAAGUCCACAGAGCACCAACAGCCUUGUUGGCGUCCCCGUCACCGAGAGUCCGACUCCAAUGGAAGUGGACGUACCUAAAAUUGAUCAGCAGCAGCAUCAACAGUCGUCACAGCAAGUAGUCGGGCAGGAAGAGAGGCACCAGCCUGGAUCCCUAUCGUACCCUGGCUCUCUUCAGGCUACGGGUAAUCUGACAGAAACCCCAACUCGAGGCAUGAGCUUUCCGAUGCCCACCCCAGGCCAGACAUCUCCCACAUCAUCUGGGUCAAAGAAGCAUAAAUGUCCCUACUGCAAUACUGAGUUUACACGCCAUCACAACCUCAAGAGCCAUUUGUUGACGCAUAGCCAAGAGAAACCAUACGUAUGCACGGAAUGCCAGAUGCGUUUCCGCCGUCUGCACGACCUCAAGCGUCACGGUAAACUGCACACUGGCGAGAAGCCUCACGUUUGUCCCAAGUGUGACCGAAAAUUCGCUCGUGGCGAUGCGCUUGCUCGUCACUCUAAGGGUGCUGGUGGCUGUGCUGGGCGACGAUCCAGCAUGGGUAGUUUCGUUGACGACAACGAUAUUGAGACCAGUCUUGGCGAAGCUGAUGAAUCGGCCAUAUCUGGACUUGCAUACGAUAAUCCCGAGGAUGAUGAACUGAGACGUCAAAGUUUACCAAGCAUCACCGCCCAGCAUGUUGCAGGAGCACAAGUUGAUGGCUACGGCACCCAUGCUCGGACAUAUCCACCACCUGGUGCUCGACCUGGGACUGGGGGACUUUACCCCCCCAAUGUUAACCAAAACCAGGCAAAUUCCAACUCUUCUCAGCCUGUCGCCAACAACAUUGCGGGGCACAAUUCUACCGCGGGAAUCGCAUCCGUUGCGGCCGCCAAUGCGAACAUGUAUUCCCAGACUGGUAUUACUGAGUCUCCAAAACCAUUGAGCCCCGGGGUGCAAGGACAUGACUCCAAUAACUUGGCGCGCCAGCGCUCUCCUAGCUUGACCCAGCAGCUGCAGCAGGCGCAGUUUGGACGCCGAGCAUCGGAUUUACAGUCGCCGCACAACUCGCAAUCCCGGCCCAAGCUUCCCGGUUUGUCGCAUCCUGAGUUCGCGGCGCCCGGGUCAACCGGCUUCUCUCACACCCGGAGCGGGAGUGGCGCGCAGUCUAUCAACGACAGCGGAAACAUGUUUGCUCAGAGUGAUCCGAGUGUGUGGGCGUAUGUUCAGGCGCUAGAGGAGAAAGUCAAGGCGCUCACAGACAAGGUUUCGACUCUGGACCAUGUCGUUGCAGACUUGAAACAACAGAUGGAAACACGCGAUGCCGCCGCGGCGGCUGUCGCCAAAGUAUAACACAGUGCUGCAUUACACUCAUUCCUGAGUGCUUCCGUAUUGCGUCACUAUAUCACAAAGUACACUGAGACGACCUUCGUUUUUUACCUUGAGAAGUAUUUGGCAUGGUGCUCAGGGAGGCGUUUAUGGGACAUGGGAACAUGCUUUUUUUGUUUUUCCUUUUCUGUUUCUGUGGAAGGUAGGGACCUCCACGCUAAAAGAACGGGGCACGGUCUAGUCAUGAUUAUCCCAUCAUUAUUUCAUGUAACAUAUAUUGUUGUUUUGUCCAGAUAAGUGUGCCUCGUGGCAGCAAGGAUCCAUGCGCUAGUACAGGUGUCAAAGAGUUGUAUUGUGCAGAGUGGAAGCUUUGUAUAUAGAGAGUCUAUCUCGUCGAGGACCACAAGCUGUUACUAGAGUGAACCCGGCAAGUGAUUAAGUUCUGUCAUCGUUUGCGGUAUGUAGAGGAUGUGUUGCUUGCUGUUGGUGGCUUGCCGAGGCUCAUAUGGAAUUUGAUGAUUCCCGACGGAUAGCAGGGCGCUGACUGGGGAAUAAUUAAUUGGGGACUCUGAGACUCAGUACAUUCGACACCCGAUAUUUCCUACACACGUAGGAAUAUGGAUUAAAGCCAUUAAUAAUUUACGACUAUGCUCACAAAACACUAGUUAUAAUUGUAAAAGCGAGGCUCAAGUCAAGCA